AUGCUAACACCGGCCCUCAAUAUCCCAAAAUGGCUUGAAGCCAACUCCCACCUCCUCCAGCCACCUGUCAACAACUACUGCAUCUACCAUCCUUCCUCCCCCUCUACAUCUGGCUACACAGUAAUGAUCGUCGGCGGCCCCAACGCCCGAACAGACUACCACAUAAACUCGACACCGGAAUUCUUCUACCAAUACCGGGGGUCAAUGCUGCUCAAGGCAGUGGACAUGUCUGUUUCGCCGCCUGUCUUCCAGGACAUUCCUAUCCAUGAGGGUUCGGUAUUCCUGCUACCCGCGAACACGCCGCACUGUCCGGUGCGGUUUAGGGAUACGGUUGGGGUUGUGAUGGAGCAGCCGAGAGCUGAGGGGGCGGAGGAUGCGAUGCGGUGGUAUUGUCGGGGGUGUGGAGAGGUUGUAUGGGAGAAGAGGUUUGUUUGUACGGACCUGGGGACGCAGGUGAAGGAGGUUGUGAUGGAGUUUGCUGGGGACGAGGUGAAGAAGACGUGUAAGGCUUGUGGGCUGGUUGCGGAGUCGAAGUAUAAGGAUGGGGAGAUUGUUCAGCCUCCUAGGUUUCCAGAGUAG